AUGCUAGCCCCUGGCGUUAGAAUUGUGAGGGGCCCCGAUUGGUGUUGGAACAACCAAGAUGGUGGAGAAGGUAAUGUUGGGACUGUUUGUGAAAUAGGAAAAUCAGGAACGGUUGGGUCUCCGGAUAAAACUGUGGUCGUGCAAUGGGACAAUGGUACCAGAACCAACUAUAGAGUGGGUUAUUUGGGAAAAUACGACUUGCGAGUUAUAGAUAAUGCUCAAAUAGGCGUAAAACACCCGAACAUAAAGUGCGACGGUUGCAGCUGCCAGGGCAUAGCGGGCAUGCGCUUUAAAUGCUUAGCAUGCGCGGACUACGACCUAUGUCACGCGUGCUACCACGCCGGGCGUCACGACGUCUCCCACCCUUUUCGGAGGUUCGAUUCGGCGAGCGCCAGGGGCGUCGAUUUGCCGGCGCGCAGGGACGCGCGUCAGGCGAAUCUGAAGGGGAUUUUUGUGGGCGCCACUGUGGUCAGGGGGUUCAACUGGGAGUGGAACGAUCAAGACGGCGGCGAAGGCAAAAUGGGCAAAGUGCUGGACAUCAGAGGCUGGGACAACGAAAGCUCUCGUUCGGUGGCAAACGUCGCUUGGUUUAGCGGUUCGACAAACGUGUACCGUCUCGGUCACAAGGGCAACUGCGACGUGAAAUGCGUCGAGGGGUCACAGGGGGGGUUGUACUACCCCGAGCACCUCCCGGUGUUGGGUCAAGGCGCCGACAGCACCGCACAAGCGGAGAGAACGGUCCGAACGGGCCCCCCACCCUUCAACGUGGGCGAUAAAGUGCAAGUGACCGUGCAGGUGGACAGGUUGAAGCACGUUCAGCAGGGGCACGGGGGUUGGAACCCCCGGAUGGCCGAGUACAUCGGUAAAGUGGGCACCGUGCACCGGGUUACCGACAAGGGGGACAUCAGGGUGCAGUACGAGGGGUGCAACAACAGGUGGACCUUCAAUCCCGUCGUUUUGCACAAGGUGAACACCAUCGCCGUAGGGGACGUUAUUAGCGUUAUAACGGACGCAGAGAAGGUCAAGGAGUUGCAGAAAGGCCACGGGGAGUGGAUCGAGAUUAUGAGAGAUUCUUUGGGAAAGUUGGGCAAAGUCCUGAAGAUCUACCAGGACGGGGACUUGAGAGUGCAAUUGGACGGUCACGCGUGGACCUUGAACCCGCAAUGCGUGCGAUUGAUACCGGGCAGUGCUGCCGAGUUGGCGAACACCAUGCACGCUUCGCAGAAUCAGCGACAAGAACCUUCCAUCCAAUGGCAGCCGUCUAACAAUCCGGGCGACGGUCCGGCAAACGGCGCGGCCGAUCAGCUGGUGCGGGCGGCCGCCCAGGGCCACCUCGACGCCGUCGAGCGCCUUCUGGAGGCGGUGAGGGGCGAGGCGGUGGAUGCGCGCAGCGGCGGCAAAACGGCCCUUCAAGUGGCCUCGCACCAAGGCCACUCCCCCAUAGUGCGUCUCUUGCUGAGGGCGGGAGCUUCGGUCAACGCCAGCGACAACGACGGCGACACCUGUUUGCAUUACGCCGCCUUUGGGAAUCAGCCAGGGGUGCUAGACUUGCUUAUCAAGUCAGGCUCUGAACUGAACACGGCCAAUAGGAGCGGCUGUACUGCGCUGCACAUAGCGGCUCACAAGCAGCCUGCUAGAUGCGUGCAGAUUCUGCUGGGCGCAUUCGCAGACCCCAACCGCACGGACCUCUACGGAGACACGGCCCUUCACGACGCCAUCGGAAAAGACAGUUACCAGGUAAUAGAGAUGUUGUGCGCAGCCGCCGGCACGGACUUCACGCUGCGCAACAAGCGCGGUUUCAACGUGCUGCACCACGCAGCUCUAAAAGGCAAAAACUUCGCCACCAGAAAGCUUCUGGGGCAGGCUAGGCAACUCGUCGACGUGAAAAAAGACGACGGAUUCGCGGCCCUGCACCUGGCGGCCCUGAACGGGCACAGGGACGUGGUGGAGACGCUGGUGCGGCACGGCCAGGCCGACAUCGACCUGAGGAACAACAGGAACCAGAGUGCGCUGCUCUUGGCCGUCAGUCAAGGGCAUUGCGGCGUGAUCGAGCUGUUGGUGAAGCUGAAAGCCAACAUUAAUGCCAAAGAUGAGGACGAGGAUACUGCCUUGCAUUUAGUUUUAAUUAAGAGAAGCCACAUGAACGGGGACAUUCGUCAAGAGGAGAACCCGGAAAUAUUUUCCAUUUACGAAAAACUUGUCGAUGUACCCGAACACAGAUUGGCACUCUCCAUAGCUUGUUACCUGGUGCAGUCAGGCAUCGACCUUGACGCAUUAAACAGCAAGGGCCAAUCGGCGCUCGGCCUUCUGCAGGAAUCCCAGCUGCAAGAGCUACUGAAAAGCUACAAACCUCUCGUGGAAAACAACCGCACGAGCGAAGACAACACCUUGGGGGUGGAGAACUUGAGCCUGAACGAGGCCAGAAACGCAACGGACGGCUACAACUUGACCAACAGCGCCCCCAAGAGCAGUCCGAUACGGAUAGUCGAGGAGAAGGGGACGAGGCGGUCCAGGCGGGAGCACAAGACCGACAAAACGCUGGAGAUGGGCGGCACGUCGCAGGAGAACUCCCCCAACCACCACCUCUACCAGAACGAGAUCCUGCCGGCUGGCGGGCAAAACGAGCAGCAGCGCAACCAGAGCAACAAGCCGGUGGAGUGCCUGGUUUGCAGCGACCUCAGCGAGGAAAAUGUGAAGCUUGAGCCGUGCGGUCAUAAGCCCGCCUGCGAGGACUGCGUCUCGCGCAUGAAGAAGUGCCUGCAGUGCGGCCAAGUGGUGCAGAAAAGGGUGACCAAGGACGGCAGGGUGAUACCGGCGAAGAGCCGGCAACCCAGCGCCGAAAGGAUGAGAUAUCUGGAGUGCAAAAUAGCGGAAAUCGAAGAAUCGCACGCUUGCAGCAUCUGCAUGGAGAGAAAACGCAACGUUGUUUUCUUGUGCGGGCACGGAACGUGCUCCAAAUGUGCCGACACGCUGAAAACGUGCCACAUGUGCCGAAAAACGAUCACGAAAAAAAUACCUAUCUACUAA